AUGUCUGAGCUAGUUAACAUGGUCUGCAAGCAAGCAACCGACUACACAUUCUGCACUACACCCCUGUAUCCUGAUCCGCAAGCACCUGAUGCCAAUGACUACACACUGGCCUGCAUUGUCUCUGGCUUGGUUCAUGGUGCUUCUUUGAGCACCCUAGAUUACUCAACUUCGACGCUAACUAACAUCACUGGUCCAGGCAAUGACCCGUCCGUUCAUAAGCACAUCCAGCAGUGUCGAAACGUUCAUAAGACGGUUCUCUUGAAACUUGAAGAGGUGUCAGCUGACUUGGACUCCAAGAGCUUCUUUGGAUUGGCCGUCUUGGCGAUGAUUGAUAGUAAGGCACGAACGAUUGCAAACAGGCCUUUAAAAGACCACCUUCAUCAUUUUCUGAUAAUAAUGGGAAUCUUAAAGGCCUCUCGGAAACAUGUGUUGCAGUCACUAAAGUGCUUGCUACACAAAGAUUAG